CCCGCCCCCUUCUCUCUCCUUCCAUCACCCCGCCCCAUUCUCCCUCCUUCCAUCACCCUGCCAAAAUUCUCCCGCUUUCCAUCAGCCCGCCCCAUUCUCCUGCUUUCCAUCACCCCUCCCCUUUCUCCCGCUUUCCAUCACCCCGCCCCAUUCUCCCGCUUUCCAUCACCCCGCUCCAUUCUCCCGCCUUCCAACACCCCGCCCCAUUCUCCCGCUUUCCAUCACCCCGCCCCAUUCUCCCGCUUUCGAUCACUCCGCCCCAUUCUCCCGCUUUCCAUCACCCCGACCCAUUCUCCCACUUUCCAUCACCCCGCCCCAUUCUCCCUCCUUCCAUCACCCCGCCUCAUUCUCCCUCCUUCCAUCACCCCGCCCCAUUCUCCCGCUUUCCAUCACCCCGCCCCAUUCUCCCGCUUUCCAUCACCCAGCCCCAUUCUCCCGCUUUCCAUCACCCCGCCCCAUUUUCCCGCUUUCCAUCACCCUGCCCCAUUCUCCCGCUUUCCAUCACCCUGCCCCAAUCUCCCGCUUUCCAUCACCCCGCCCCAUUCUCCCUCCUUCCAUCACCCCGCCCCAUUCUCCCGCUUUCCAUCACCCCGCCCCAUUCUCCCGCUUUCCAUCACCCAGCCCCAUUCUCCCGCUUUCCAUCACCCCGCUCCAUUCUCCCGCUUUCCAUCACCCCACCCCAUUCUUCCUCCUUCCAUCACCCCGCCCCAUUCUCCCUCCUUCCAUCACCCCGCCCCAUUCUCCCGCUUUCCAUCACCCCGCCCCAUUCUCCCUCCUUCCAUCACCCCGCCCCAUUCUCCCUCCUUCCAUCACCCCGCCCCAUUCUCCCUCCUUCCAUCACCCCGCCCCAUUCUCCCGCUUUCCAUCACCCCGCCCCAUUUUCCCCCUUCCCAUAA